AAAAAAUGUCUAGUAAUAAUAUAACAAAAAAUCAACUUUUAGUAAAAGUUAAUGAACUAACAGCAGCAUUUAAUGAACAAAAAGAACAUCAUAUUAAUGAAAUCAAAUUAAUUAAUACAAAAACAAAUACAAUUACAACUUUAAUGUCUACAAUUAAAAACUAUAAAAAAGAAGUUGAACGAAUUGAAGAUAUAAGAAAAAAACAUGAAUAUGAAUAUAGUGAAAGAUUGAAAAAUCAAGAAAAAACUCAUAAACGUGAAAGAGAAGAAAGAGAAAGAAAUUAUAAAUGUGAAACAGAUCUUAUGCAACAAACUAUCGAUCGUUUAGAACAAAUUAUUAAAACUUUACAGACUCAGAUUAAUAACUUUGAAAUUGUAUUAACUCCUGAACUAUACUAA